UGCUGUGGUGAUGGUCUGCGGGCCGACGUGCGGGGAGGAACGCAGCUCCGGUGCUGAGGCAGGAGGCUGGAGGUGGGACAGAUACUGAGAGGCUGAGGCAGGAGGCAGGAAACUGGAGACAGGAGGCAACAGGAGAGUCUGAGAUAGGAGGCUGGGAGAGGGAUAGAGCCUGGGAGACAGGAGGCUGGAGGAGGGACAUCUCUAUAUGCAGCUUAAGCCGAUUCUCUGUGUACUUCCAUUGCAACAGCCCUAAAGCACUAUGGGUGGCGCGGCGGUGGAUGAGGGUCCAGGGGGGGUGAAGGCUCCAGAUGGCGGGUGGGGCUGGGCAGUGCUGGUCGGCUGCUUUGUCAUCACAGGUUUCUCCUACGCGUUCCCUAAAGCCGUCAGUGUGUUCUUCAAAGAGCUCAUCAGGGAGUUUGGGGUCGGGUACAGCGACACGGCCUGGAUCUCCUCCAUCCUGCUGGCCAUGCUCUAUGGCUCCGGUCCUCUGUGCAGUGUGCUGGUGAACCGCUUCGGCUGUCGUCCAGUAAUGUUGGUAGGAGGCGUCCUCGCCUCUCUGGGAAUGAUCCUGGCCUCCUUCUCCACCAGCAUUAUCCACAUCUACCUCACUACUGGUGUCAUAACAGGUUUGGGGUUAGCCCUGAACUUCCAACCAUCGCUCAUUAUGCUUAACCGCUACUUCAGUGAGAAGCGUCCCUUGGCCAAUGGGCUCUCAGCAGCAGGAAGCCCUGUGGCCCUGUGCUGCCUCUCGCCACUGGGCCAGGUCCUCCAGUACCAGUACGGAUGGAGGGGGGGCUUCCUCAUCUUGGGUGGCAUUCUACUCAACUGUUGUGUGUGUGCAGCCCUGAUGCGUCCUUUGGUUGCUCCCAAGACACUCAAGUCUAAGGAGCUGGAACAGGACAACGAAGAACAAGCAGAGAAGAAGAAACCCAAAGCCAAACUGCUGGACUUCUCUGUGUUCAAAGACCGCGGCUUUGUCAUCUACACAGUGGCGGCGUCCAUCAUGGUGCUGGGGCUCUUUGUACCGCCAGUGUUUGUCGUGAGCUAUGCGAAGGAGUUGGGGAAUGAGGACACCAAAUCAGCACUCCUGCUCACCAUCCUCGGCUUCAUUGACAUGUUUGCACGGCCCACAUGUGGUGUGAUAGCCGGAAUGAAAUGGGUGCGUCCUCGUUGCGUAUACCUCUUCAGCUUUGCUAUGAUCUUCAACGGAGUCACUGACCUCGUCGGAUCACAGGCCAAGGAUUAUACAUCACUGGUGAUAUUCUGCAUCUUCUUUGGCAUCUCCUACGGCAUGGUGGGGGCCCUGCAGUUUGAGGUUCUCAUGGCAAUAGUUGGUACUGAGAAGUUCUCCAGUGCCAUUGGCCUGGUUCUGCUUAUGGAGGCCAUCGCUGUGCUAGUGGGGCCACCUGGUGCAGGACGGCUUCUUGAUGCCACCCAUAACUACAUGUGGGUCUUCCUGCUGGCAGGAUGCGAGGUGGUCCUGGCAGCUGUCGUUCUGGCUACAUGUAACUUCCUGUUUAUUAAGAAAGAGCCCUCAGCAUCAGCAGACAAGCUUGAAAACAUCACAGUGACAGAGGAGUGCAGCAAAGAUCCAGAUGUCAAUGACGAAGAGGAGAAGGGAGCUAGAGAGGAGCAAGAAAAGGAGACAAAGGAGGAGUUGAAGGAGAAGGAGGAAACAGACAAAGAGAAAAGAGAGAAAGUAGAGGCGAUCAGGCCAGAAAGUGUAACAGUGGACUCACAGGAAGUGGAAAAGUUCUUAAAAGAGCCUCAAAAAAAUGGAGACAUGGCCAACAGUCCUGAGACAAGCCUGUGAUCGGUCAUGCAGGGGGCUCAUACCUGUUUUAUAACCCCCCCAACAGUGAACUUUGAACACUGUUAGAUAGUUGGGCUUUCCUUAGAUUCAGUGUUUAAUGUCAGAGCCAGUUUUAUUGCUACCACUGCCAUAUAAAAUAGUAAUAGUUAUGUCAGCAAUAUUUCCUCACUAGAUGUCAUAAAUGUGGUGCAGCAAUGACUUGUGGAAACAGUUUUUAUCAAAAGUUUUAUUUUUUAUUAACCAGCAACUAAAGAUAUUCUGAAAUCAUAGUGUCAGCAAAUGCCAUCAGAAGAGAUCGAUACAGUUGCUUGCUGUGAUUUUAGCUGGAAAAAUAAAUGUAUUGUUUAUCUCACCAGUUAAAUCAACCAUCAAUGUAUCUCACUGAACCUUGAUACAUUAAAAAGUGGAGCAGUUCGACUCAUAUUAGAUAUAUAGAUUCAUGCGUGUUCAGAAGGUGACCGUCAAUAUGUGAACCUUUGUGAAAGUUUUUGCCAGACUUGAUGUCUUUGGACCUAUCCUAACCUUAACUAACUCACAAAAAGUAACACAACUCUGGGUCACUCUAGAAACGACCUUUGGUGAUAUAUUGAAGAAUAGCAGACUAACUGCUUACAUGCUAGCAUGAGUCAGCCACAGUAGCUCUCUUGGCUAGUUAGCUAACAUGCUAACUGUCAAUUAGCAAAGCAAGGCUAUGAUGUACUCUACCAGGAUAGGGUCAGCUAUAAAUAAAGGUGGAUGAGCAUUAAGCUUUGAUAGCUGUCCAUUUGCUUAGCUUAGCAAAAACAAUGCAGUAUUGGCUGUUUUAGGAAAUGACAAAAGUUACAGUUUUGAAGAUCUGCAGGAGGUACCAGUGGGCUUGGAGCUGAGAGCCAGAUUAAAACAGUGUGUUUGUGAAAUAUUUGACUGAUGGACUAAUACACAGUUAGCUUUGGUCUUCUCAUGACUGCUUUUAGAAGGAGUGAAAACAACUCGGUCGUGUGAGAAAAAACUUCUUUCCAUUGAUGCUUAAAAUGUGCGCUUUGAAAAUCAGUUGCUGUCAUCAAAGUACAAAUGUCUUCCUGUGCUGUCUGUGCUCAACAGUUAAGGCUGACUCGAUGUUAAAGUGGUUUCGGUUGUGUCAGUAAUUAAUGGUUGCUAAUGGUUGCUAAGUGUAUGGAGUUUAAGUGUUUAAAGAUUGUUGCUGCUCUUGUGGUAGCUUUAUGAUUCCUCCUCAGGUUGUAAGUAUUGUCUUCAUCACCAUGUCCCAUUAGAGAUUCACAGUCUUUAAUUGAAGUGUUGAAACAUGUGUUUAAAUUAAGUGUUUUGCCUACACAGCUCUCAAAGAGUGUAGUAAGGAGAGAUCACUUUGUCCCAUAAUGCAAUACACUUGUUUUAGUACAGAAAGCCAAACGUGUUCCCUGUUAUGAGUGGUGCACUUGGAGUACAUCAUAUAACACAGCAGCUGGUCUCCAUGGUGAUGGGUGAAUAACGAGUGGGACUUGAAGUGUCACUCAGCUCUCAUGUCUUCAUUUUAUCAUUCGACAGGGAUACUUUACACAUUCAAUAUAUAUUUAUUUUCAUAUGAUAUAGGUUAUUUUAUCUAAGGUAAGACCAUGCUCUCUUCUAGCUUUAUAUUGUUCUGUCUGUUAAAUGUGAUGCACUGUGAUUUCAAUGUACAGUUUAUGUGUUUAUGACACAAAGCUAGAGUCAAUGUAUUUCAGAAUGUGAAAGAAAAGCUCACGACAAGCUGUAGAAGCAGCUGAUUUAGCUAUGAAUAAAAGUCACUUUAAACACAAAUUCCUACUGAAUGUUCCUGAUAGCAGUCCAGCACUACACACCUACUUUCAUUUUAGCGUUUUUGUUUCUGUAUGAUUCUGUAAAAGACAGAUUCUGUAUCCAUAAUAUAGAAGACUGAAAUAUUCUGAAAGAAAAUCACCCGUUAGCAGAAAGUUGUAAAAUAUAAUUGUCAAUCAAGUCAGAUUCCUCUGUGUCUUUAAUGAGCAAUAUUUGCAAGCCUGUCAAUGCUGCUCUAAUAAAUGUGUCAAAUGA